AUGCCUUCGCCUUGUGAUGGCCCUUCUUCGCCCACCAUCGAGGCUGCGCUGACCAGCGACGCCAGCGUCAGCCAUGCCCUCGACCGCGUACAGCCAUCCGAUCACGACAAGCCCGAUGGCUCGCCAGACCCCAUGGAGUCUUCCGUCGCCACUCUCAAGCCUGCCAAACCUCAGCUUCUCUCCAUAGACACAACAACUUAUGUCGACCCGACCCCUCCGACCCCGUCCGGCUCGCAGCCUCAGUCCCGAAGCAGCUCUGUUCACAGACCACGCGAUACAGUCACAGGCACCUCGCCGGUUCCUUCAGAUUCUGGCUACGAUGACAAGCGCGACGUUAGUGAAGAUGAGCAGGAGGGCAGCUCUCGGUCCGAAAUCCAGUCCAUCAUGCUGCAGUUCCCGGAAGGCGGUGGGGGUCCAGGCGCUGAGGAGGUCAUGAGUCCCCGUCUAGAGCUGACGUCGCCCAUCCUUGGCGGCGCUCCGGUGCAACACCCUCCACGAAAAUCGAGCCUUGAGCCCCUUUCUUCGACCAUUGUGCAGCAACUGCAGGAAUUGAGAGUCGCAAAUGACUCGUCGACAAGCGUGCGGACCUCGGAUAAAUCAUUGCCUCCGGUGAACGAUCAUGGCCCGCCGGUGCCUCCAAAGGACGGCCCUGCAGACGAAGGGGUACCUCGGUCUGACUCUACCAGUACCUUACACCGGCCUCCCCCCCCAGAGCCCGAGCCCGAGCCAGUUCUGCCGUUUGACUUCCACCGCUUCCUGGAUCAGCUCAAAAACAAGAAAGCAGAUCCAGUGGCACGGUAUCUCAAAUCGUUCCUGUCUGAGUUUGGGAAGCGGCAGUGGAUGGUGCAUGAGCAGGUCAAGAUCAUUGGGGACUUUCUGGCUUUCAUCGCCAACAAGAUGGCCCAAUGUGAGGUGUGGCGGGAUGUGUCCGAUGCCGAGUUUGACAACGCCCGCGAAGGCAUGGAAAAGCUUGUCAUGAAUCGACUGUAUAGCCAGACCUUUUCGCCGGCUAUCCCACCCCCGCAGCCAAUCCCUGGCGCAAAAACUAGACGAAGGCAGGACAAGCCCAUGGGACCUGGGCGUAGAGGACAGCAUCAGGAAGACGUGGAGCGCGAUGGCGUCCUGGCCCAGAAGAUCAGCAUUUACAGCUGGGUCAGCGAGGAGCACCUCGACAUUCCCAAAGUCAGUGACAGUGGUCGCCGGUUCCUCAACCUUGCACAACAGGAGCUGCUUAAGAUUCGAUCCUACAGAGCACCAAGGGACAAAAUCAUAUGUGUGCUUAACUGCUGCAAGGUGAUAUUCGGGCUUCUCAAACAUGCGAAAUCGGACUCAUCGGCAGAUUCCUUCAUGCCCCUGCUCAUCUAUGUAGUUCUGCGGGCGAAUCCGGAGCACUUCGUCUCGAAUGUUCAAUAUAUCCUACGGUUCCGCAAUCAAGAAAAACUGGGCGGCGAAGCUGGUUAUUACCUGUCCUCCUUGAUGGGCGCAGUACAAUUUAUUGAGAAUAUGGACCGCACGACGCUGACGAUUUCGGAUGAGGACUUCGAAAGGAACGUGGAGGCGGCAGUGUCCGCAAUAGCUGAGAAGCACCGCACAGAAGAGUCGCCUGUGCGUACCGAGCAGCCGCCUCUGAGGUCCGAGAAGGUUGUGCCAUCCCAACCCUCGUCGUCGCGACCGUCACUUGACAUUGAUGCUUCAGGCACUCCGCGUCGCUAUUUGUCGUCUAUGGAGGCUAGCAAUGAUUCGGGUGACGAGGGCGCCAUUCCUGGGCUUCUGCGUGCUGUCCAGAGACCUCUUUCGUCCAUUGGACGCAUGUUCUCGGACGAAUCUGAUGUCGCUGGCCCAUCAGUGGCCAUGCGCCAGCCACAGCAGACGACGUAUGCUCCGUCUCGGUUAGGUCCACAUGGGAGCAGUGUGCGUGGACCUUCUGAUGAUAUCAGUAGGGACUCUCAACUUUCUGCGCAGGAGGCUGCCGCCAGGCAAGUUAGCGCGGAAGUUGCGGAAGCACAGCGCGUGAGCCGAGCCGAGCACCACAAUGUCGUAGAGACUUUGGCAGGCAUGUUUCCCGACCUGGACCGCGAAAUCAUUAGUGACGUCGUCUACGAGAAAGAGGGAAGGUGUGUCGUAUCUCUCCCCCUGCAUUAA